GUAACAACUUUCCAGAGAUGGCUGUGGGGAUCCUCGAGGUUAACCUGAUCAGUGGCAAAGGUCUCAAACGAUCUGAUUUUCUUAAUAAGAUAGAUCCUUAUGUUGAGAUCCAAUACAAAGGACAAACCCGCAAGAGCAGCGUUGUUAAAGAUGGAGGUCGAAAUCCAACAUGGGAUGAGAAACUGAAAUGGAGAGUAGAGUUUCCCGGCUCAGGCACGGACUACAAACUCAUCAUCAAAGUCAUGGACCAUGACACUUUCACCGCGGACGAUUUUAUUGGUGAAGCUACGGUAUAUGUGAAAGAGCUACUUGAAAUGGGAGUAGAGAAAGGCAAGAUGGAGCUAAGACCGACCAAGUACAACGUUGUUGACUCUGAUCUCUCCUUUGUCGGAGAGAUUCUCAUUGGACUUUCUUACUCUGUUGUGCAAGAAAAGGGAAUGGAAGGAGAAGAGUUUGGUGGAUGGAAGCAAAGCCAGUUUUAA